AGUGAAUUGAAAUCAAUAAUCAACUUCUAAAUAGUGGAAUGUAAACAAAACAAAAUUCGAAGGAUGGCUCCGAUCAUGUCCAAAAAACCGGCUACAACUGCACCUCUUCUUCAAGAAAGCUCUGUUGAACCAAUUCAGCCUACUUCAAUAAUUGUUAUACAUCCUGGAUCUAUGUAUUUGCGUUUUGGCAGAGCAUCUGAAGCUUUCCCGAAAGUUAUUCCCCAUGUCAUUGCCAGACGAAACAAACUGGGUCCUUUACCAAUUCACAAGGAUCUUGCAUUAGUUCCUUUAAUAAAUUUGACUCCAGAACUUACAGCUACAUUGAAUGAAAUUCAGAAUGCUAUCAGUACUGUAUUAGCUUCUUGCUUAACUAGAGAAGGAAGACUGAGAUAUUCUGUUCCUUCAAAUAUUGUUUCAGAACAUAAUAGAACAGUGAAGCCUCAGAUUGUAUGUGCGAAGAGUGAUAUUUCUUGGACUAAACCUGAUGAGAACCAAGAGUUUGUUAUUGGUGAUGAUGUUUUACACUUAUGCUCUUCUGAAAAUUUCAAUAUUCAUUGGCCUAUUCGACGUGGACAAUUAAAUUUACAUCCUGGUGUUGGUGGUUCACUUUCAUCUGUCCUUACUGAUUUGGAAUCUAUAUGGUCUACAGCAUUUCAUAAAUAUUUGGAUGUAAAUCCUAAAGAUUUAAAACUAUAUAGAGCUGUUCUUGUCAUACCUGAUACAUAUAAACGAGAGCAUGUAAAGGAAUUGGUCAACUUACUGCUUAAUCGCCUGGGUUUCAUGAGUUGCUUUGUUCACCUAGAGUCAGUUUGUGCAACCUUUGGAGCUGGAGUUAGUUUUGCUUGUGUUGUUGAUGUUGGAGAUCAAAAAACAGCUGUAUCUUGUGUUGAGGAUGGAAUCUCACAUCGAAAAACAAGAUUAAAUAUUAAUUAUGGAGGUAAUGAUAUUACAAGAUUGUUCCACUGGUUACAAGAAAAAUUAAGUUUUCCUUAUCCAUGUUCCCCAGAACUACCGUUAGAUGCCUUAAUGUUACAAGAACUGAAAGAAAAGUUUUGUCAUGUAAAUUUGGAUGUUUGUGGUAUACAGGAUAGGAGUUUUCUGGUGAAACGUCCUGGUCAACCUGUUAUUCGUUAUGUUGUUAAAGUUGGGGAUGAAUGCAUAAUUACACCAUUAGCUCUAUUCCAUCCAGAACUUUUAGGAAUCACUGGGCCAAAGAAAAUUAGAACUCAGCAAAGAAAUGAAGGGAUGUCUGAUGAUCCACAUGAUGAAUUAUAUCUCAUUCAGACUCAAAGACGAGGUGUCAAAGAUGUUGCAGAAGGACCUUCAGAGCAAUCUUUCACUGAGGAUUCACAUUUGAAUUCUAGUAUUUUAGAUGAUGAUAUUGAUUCAACAGAACCUCCACCAACUAUUAGUGUGAAAGAAGCAGAACAAGAUUUAAACUGUGAUCAACUUCUUGGUAUUGAUCAAGCCAUUGUUCAAAGUAUAGAACGUUGCGAUUGUGAUGAAGUAAAAAUGAAAAUGUAUAGCUGCAUUUUAGUGGUCGGUGGUGGUAUGAUGUUCAAUGGCAUUCAUACGUGGUUACGUAAUCGACUGCAAGUUCAGAUUCCUAUUAUGUUUAGGAAUGAGCAAUUCGAAAUCAUAACUAGACCCAAGGAUAUGGAUCCACGUGUCACAGUAUGGAAAGGAGCUGCAUUGAUGAGCUGUUUAGAUACAGCACAAGAACUGUGGAUUAAACAAAAAGAGUGGGCAAAAUAUAGUGUAAAAGUACUUAGAGAGAAAGCACCAUUUACGUGGUGACACUUGUAUAGAUGUAUAUAAAUUUGUUAUAUAUGUAAUUUAUACUAUGUACAUAUGUAAAUCUUAUAAAUAAGGUUCAUUUUCUUUUA